UUCCCGAAGGCUAGUCCUUUCCUGGUCGGGCGGGUGGUCGGUUGUUCCGUACUUAGUCAAUUGAGCCUCCUGCGUUUCAAUUGACUUGCUUAGGUUUAGGGAGUUUUCUUUUAUUAGUUUAGCCAUUCUGAGUGAUACGGUGAUUAGUGCAGUGUUGCAUUUUUAUUUUGUGAUAGUGUUGGUUUUAUAGUGAUGUUUUAAGUUGUGGACUUGUGAGACUAAAGAGUUCCUGAGAGAACCUUAAAAAGAAAACGGAGAGGAAAAAAUAUUUUUUGAAGAACAAUGACUACAGAAAAUAUUCUUGUCUGUUUGGGAAAAUUGUCGGAUCUCCUUCCGGGACAAGCUCCGAAACUGGGCUCAGAGUCUCAAGCCUCGAAGAAAACGCAAAGGUUCAACAUAUCUGAUUUUCAAGCAGAAGCACGUAAAAAACUGAAAUCUUAUUAAUUUCUGGAAUAUUCUGGCAUAUCGGGGACCACGCCCAGGUACAGAAAGCAAUAUGAAAGCCGAUGUGCGUAGUUGCACCGUGGAUGCGCAGUAACCAUUCCAGAGCCAUCUUGGGGAUCAUUUGUAAUUGGACUCGCUUACCUGAAUUGAUCGGUCGUUCGGUAUUGUGUGAAUAUUUUGUAUGUGUGUGGGUGUGACCAUGUGUUAGUGUGAAAUAUAUUGUGUGUGUUAUCUAGUGAUUUUUUUAUUUAAAAGUUCAGUGUAAUAUUUUUAAUCUUACGCGAACAUAAAUGUUGUGUAUGUAAAAAGGAUUAUGACCGAAGAAAAAUUGGGAUCUGAGAGAUUUUGAAACUAUUCGGAACAAAGACAACAAAAUGGCGGCGUCAUGAUUCGGCACAACAAGAUGGCGGACGGACGCUGAUGCGAGAAUGACGCAGUAGCUGUACGCAUGCGCGAUAUCGAUCCCAUGAAAGCCUUGCAGCGGCCAUUUGCAAAUUGUAUAAGCUACACAUAGACCAAAGACCAAAGACGAAAUCAAAGUUGAGUGGUUGUUCGGAGUUUCAUUUUUGAAUAAGGUUCAGUAUUGUGAAAUAGUUUUAGUGCGAGUUUUUGUGGUGUAUUCAUCUAAAGAUAGUUCUUUAUUCUUUUAAUUCGUAGAAUUGGGGAUAUUUCGGAUAUACGGAACUGUAAUAUUCGUGAUGAGGUGCCCGAGAUUGCUCAGAUGGCCGCUCUGAAAAUAUGGACCUCGCAAGCAGAGCAGGGCGACCGCACCAUGCCAUGCGGGCAUGGCCCCAUCAAACGCCAAUGUAACGAUGAAGAUUUUGGUACGAGGGCUUACCUCCUUCUCGCCCUGCUUGUGAGAUUACAUGGAAAACUUGAUCUUUAUGCUUCGCCAUCCCACUCCAGCUUCGAAGUCUUGGACCCCCAUGACCCGACGCUGAGUCGUUUGGCUACUCUUCUCUUCAGGCGCACUAAUGACUACUUGCAAGGCGAAAUCGCAUGUGGUGGUGAUCACUACAUAUUGUUGGAAGAAAUCAACCGUUUGGCGAUCACCAAGUACACUGACCUGCGCAAUCUAGCUGUGAAUCUGAACCGGACCCUCACCGAAUAUAAUGACCUUUAUAGUAGCACCAUAAAACCGUUACUUUCUCAAAUCGACGAUAUCGACAUAAUGGUUGGGAAACUCGAGGAAAAUGCUUAUCGUUUGGACAGCUACACCAAACAGCUAAAGUCACGCGUCAAGGAAAUGUACGAGUCUAAAUGAGAAGCCAUGUGCUACCAAUAAUGUUGCAAACUACGAACCCAGCUCCAAUGAAUGAAUUGUUAAAUUUUACCUGAAUAGCUCUUUACAAUGAUGGUACGCAGACGGCUGUCAGCCUCAGGCGCCUCCCUUCGGCGUCUGAGGACUACACCGAUUUGAUUGCAAGACUAAAACAUUAGAAAGUGAAUCUUUAGUAAUUUAGCCUUCUAAAAUAUACUUUGUCUUUCUCUCUGGUGUCAAUAUGAGCGGGAGCUCUCGUUUGUUGUACAACCACGUGCCAAUCGCGUGUUGGCGGCGUGGCUGCUUGCGCCAAUCGGCGCCGACUGACGUACCAUCGUAAUGAAAUCUAAAUUGGAAAUGUUCGACAAUGUGAUGUAGAUUCAUUCAUUCGACUGCGGUUCUAAGUUUGAAAUGUUUCUAACUUAUCGUAGGUUUAAGGGGACUCGUCUCUUUCGUAAAUAUGUGUCUAGUAUAGUAGUGGCAUAGCAACAAAAGGCAAGGCUCUAAGAUUGGGAAUAAAGAAACGAAAUUUGUAAAAAUGGGUAAGACCCGGGUAGCGUAAGAAAGCUUAAAAAUACUUUCGACUUCAAUUCCUCGUUGCCUUUUGACAUUCUGAUCACUUGUGUAAAUUUUAAAUUCUUUGAAUACUGUAAAUAGGAUUCAGAUGGGAGUUACUUUGUGUACAUCUGGGGAGACGCGGAUACCAUAGGGCCUUGUUCACUUGUAGCUUGACAAGCACACCUAUCACCUGUAUACUUGCGUGUCACACGACUACGGGUUCACACUCAGCGGAAAGUGUUUGUACCGAUAUAAAGUACAUUUUUCUUUGUUAGUUUGAGCUUUUUUCAGUUGUUAUCCACAUAAAUGGAAUUGCAUUCUUGGGGCCUUACGUCUCAUGUUGCUCGUCCUAAUAUUAACGAUAUUUAGUCACGUGUAUCAAUUAUACUUUAUUGUGUAACCUGUUAAUAUAAGCGGAAUUACUUUGUUUGUCAGCGUCUGUUCAUAUAUGCUUGAUAACCAAACACCGGUGGUAUUUUAGGAUAUAAUCAUUAAGUGUGCUAUGCUAAAUCCUGUCGUAAAGGAUAUAAUAUAAUUCAGUAAUAGGUAUAUCGUAUCGUUCUAUAGGUAUAGCUUAGGAUGUUAGAAGUUAUAGGUACAUAUAGGACAUAAUCUAAGGCUUUUUUCAAUUAAGAUUUAUUAUAGGAAAUAACGAUUUAAUAUCUACAAAUUCUAUUUUACUAAAUGUCGUUUUCGGUCUUCUCUUUCGAUAUAUUCACGUCUUAGAUAUAAUUGUGCUACGAUCGAUACGGUGAUAAAGUAGUUUCUGAUAUAUUCAUUUUAUGCUAACUGUGCUAGAAACAGGAGGACUCUAAUCAAAUAGUGCUAGUUAGGAUCGAACCGAUAACCUCAAUUUAACCAGUAAGCAAAAAUAUGCAUAAGUAUAUAGGAUUUAAUAUAUCAAUGCUAGUGUUGAUUCGUUGACAACCCUUUGAGGUAUGCAUAGGGAGAAGUCAUUCCAACCAAAUGACCCCCAGUCACCCCCCUAUGCAAACUGCAACCAUCUACCCUUACCGGAUUGUCGACCAAUUGUCAGAAGCAUUACUUAGUAAUACAUCGACUAUUUUUUAAGGGGACGCAGGGGUGGUCGUUCCAACUAAAUGACCCCUAAUGACCCCUAUCUAAAUUCCAGCUAUUUACCCUUAGGAAAUUGUUGAUGAAUUAUCAAUAACCCAAAUUAUAACAUAAGUUAGAUCUUACUUAUAUAUUCGAAAUUGUCAGCUGAAAACAGUUUAUUAGGAUUAACUACCAAUAUACGCGCGUAGUAAGCGACAUAUACGUGAGGAAUCCGUAUAAUAGAAUAGAUUCAAUUUGAUAAAUUAUUCAUAGGUUAACUUUUUCUCAUUAAAUUACGGUUUUUAAUAAUAAGCGUUAGUUAUUAUAAGCACAUAUUCUAAUCGUCUUAAUUAUGCAUUCAAAUUAGGUUAAAUUAGGGACGGCACAGAGGACAUAUAUAUAUUUCUGUAGAAAAAAAUAAAUAAAAAAUACAAAAAAAAUCUAUCGUAGCUUGUAUAAGUAUUCUUAGGUUAGGCAAUAAGUACUGAAAAGUCAGUCCUUAUGCAACGUUGCACCUACGGGUGUCAAGGUACGACAAUCUUAAACCUUAUGCUGUUAAGCAUCACGUUGUAAACACAGUGUCUCUUCCUUAAUAAAAAUAUAUGAAAACUUUGAAAUUGGUCUAUAUAAUAUACAAAUAGGUGUGUGUACUAAACGCUUUGUCACGCAUGAUAGCUUACUUACCAACUGGCUACAUUCAAUACCAUCCAAAUCAAGCAUCAAGCAAAUUAGUCUGGUUGACCGAUACACCACUAUCAACCAUAUCCAGCGUUGCCUUAACUUUUCAUCACAUAAAUAGGCGUCAAGUUGUAUUGCUGCUUUAUAUAGCACCUAAAUUAAGUAUUCGGAACAAUAAAUCACCGUUCGACAAUCAAUCUAAUAUUCUCAUUAAAUAAAGUAAUAGUAAACGGCAUCUCAUACUAUAGUGUAACAUAUUACGUGCUACGUUCAAUGGCACCUAAAUUCAAAAUUAGCAACUAUAAAAUUGUAUUCAAUAAAGUGCACGCAAAAUUGUAAAAUGAACUACGGAGUUCUCCUUUUCCUAAUAAAAAAUCUAUGGUACAAUGGUGCCGCUAAGUAAAAUAUUUUAUCAUAUAACGUGUAUUGGCUACGCCUCAAGUAUAAAUUAUCUAUUUAGGCACAGGACUUUCAAAAUAGAAUAAGCAUUUAUAAACUUAGCUCGUUAGCACCUAGAAUCGGCAGCAAAAAUCCAUUUUAUUGAGUAGUUGUAUGAUAUUAGUGAUUAUGAUAUUAGAUAUGAGUAUUAUGUAUUCCAUACAUGUUAAGUCUAAAAUUUUAUAGCAUAGUUCUAUAUUCAAGUUUAUCUAAAUUUUAGGAAAGUAAGUCAUAUUCUUAAUUCGUAUUUCAAGUGGUUAGGGUAGGAUAUAAUCAUAGGAGAUAGCAUAUAAUAAAUAUUAACUUAUUGUUAUUAAUAAAAAUUAUAGAUAAACAGCGCAUAUUUUUCUAAAAAAGAGAAAAAAUCAAAUAAAAAAUUAAGCGGAAUAUUUUUAUAGAUUCGUUGUUGUAUGUUCUGUCUGACUGCUCUUUCACUUAUAUUCAACUCAUAAAUCGAAAAUAAUUAAAAUUGCAAAUUAAAUAAAAAAAUACACUAAAUCAUGCGUACACCGCGGUUUAUAUAAGUGCACACGUCUCUCUGCGCACUGAAAAUUAACUUUUCUAAAGAUAUAUUGUUGCACCUACGCUCUGUAGCACCUCAAGGCGAUACGAAAAAAAAACAAUCUACUUAACCUAACUUACUAAAUUAUAUGUCACCUUAAAACCAAUGUUUUAUGGCACCCAUUUUAGACUUUAAAACACGGUUAUUCUGAAAAUUUAUAAUAGUGUCAUAACAUUAUCUAAAGAUUUGAAAAAAAAAAUGCUCUUUUGCACCUAAACACGAAGGAAUCAGAUUUCACUAAAAUUCUAAAAAAUCAAAUAAGUAAAAUAAAAUCUUCUGUCUUCUAUGUAAUAAUGUAAUCGGGAAACAUAUGACUUUCAUUUUGCGGUACGAUCAGCUAAAUUGUGCAUUUCAGAUUUUAACGAAAUUUAAGGGGUUUCCCAGCACGUCUAGAGUAUUUCUGCAAUUCGAAUAAAAAAAUAUAAAAAUCCGUGUUAAAUUAAUUUAAAAAAAUGUUAUAUAGCUGUGACCGUUUUAACAUCUAGGAGUCAGGCUUGAAAGUAACCGUUUAACUUAAAUAAAAAAGAAAAAAAUAAAUUCGGAACAUUGGUUCAGGUAAUUACUUACUUAUGCCUUAUCUAUUUCAAUAUAUACUUGUUACUUUAGGUCCUUAUAUCUAAUUAUAAUAAUACUUAUAGGUAGCGUAGACGAUAAUCAUGUAAUCUUUCGACUAAGUUUUGUUUGAAAUCCGUUAUUUCACCGAUCUCGUAGAAAACACCAACCGUAGGAAUAAGUAGUUCCACUAUUUUUCAUUUAUUUUUAGGUAAAGAUGAUGAAUAAAAUUGGCAUGCAGCAAUAGUACAAUUUAGGUAAAAAUACAUGAAAUAGUUAAUCAAGGUGGUAGGAGUAAGGGAAUAUAACUAUCUGUCGUUCUUCCUACAUUAUUUAAGAAUAGAUCAUAUUUAGGUGUUAGCGUCGAGAUUAAGAUCUCGAUGGCGCGAAAUGUCUUUUCCAGCAAAAUUAAUAUGAGUAGAAUAUACACGACUCCGUACGAUAUGGAUGUCGGUAUAGUAGUGUUAUUGUUAGUGUAGUACCUGCACUUUUCACAAGUGUGUAGCUUAUAACGUUUGUCUUUCAAAUACGUAGUUAUAUAUUCCAUUCUCAUUAACUAUUCACUGCCUUUUAACAUUCUUUAUUAAUAAGCUAGUAGAUAACUUCUUGUAAUAUCCUUGGUUGGAACCAAAGGUAUCCAUGUGGGAGAGCCUAGCCAAUGCCAUUCGUGGUUGCGGCUCGUAGAUGGGCUGGCUCGAGCCGGGUAAAGUACCACGCCUGCACAGAAGAUCGUGAGGAGGUGGCAUUUAUUGUCGUUUUCCGAUCGGUGAGUGCGGGUACCGGACGCCCAUUCCCCCCUCCCCUCCUAAAACCACCUUCCCUAUCCCAUUAAAACACCCCAUCCAACUCCGCGGGGACAAUUUAUUGUUCCCGAAAUCCCUCCCCUUCCCUUAGGAUUAAGUAGGUGUAGGUAGAUUUUAAGUAGGAUAAUUCUUUUUUCGCUUUGACCCCUUUCUCAUAUCCGUUAGUGUCACGCUAGAUUGGUCCCCCUAGGAAUAGUUAGAUAUAGAACACUCCUUGCUGCGGAGUUACAAGUUCCCGAUUCACUCAUGACUCACUGAAUUAGUGUAAAUAAAUAAGGCUUGCAUUCUUAUUUUGCGGUUUUCGAUAGGUAGGCUGCAAACUUAAAUAAUGAGACGUCUGAAGCUACAGCUUCACAUAGUUCUUACAAUUGCACCUAUAUUUUUUCCAAAAAUAACAUUUUCUUUUUCAAUUGGCACAGCUUUUUUAUUAAGUUCAACUAACGAAAUUAAUUGGCAUAACUAACAAUGUCUCACGAACAUCCAGAGAUAUUUUCUAAAUUAAAAUCGUAAGUUUUCUUUGCAUGUAUUUUUUAAUUACGCCAGUUAGAACCAGAGAUGCCUUGCAGAAGAUCUUGCAAUGUUACCACCAGUUACAACACCUACAGUACCGCGCCGAAGAAAAAAACUGGCUAAUUGUCCACUAACAACCCAAACAUAACGACUUCAUUACAAAGUUUGCAUUAAUUAGGAAAUUAAUUUAGGUAUUACUUGCAUAUGCAUAGCUAGGUAUUAACAUAGGUUAAUAUACCACGCUCAUUUAUCCAUUCGGGUGAAAAGUAGCAGGUAUCGCCGUCGUUGCGAGUAUAGCAGUAAUAGUUAGGCUAAUUAGGUAAGUUAGAUAGGUAGGCCUCAGCACCCUACCUGUAUCUUAGUCAUAAAGCGUAUAUAAAAUUAAAAUAGGAGUGCUACAGUAAAAACCUCCAAUAAGGAGUCAGGCAUAUGUCAGGCGAUUAUAAAAGUAGUUGUAUAUUGCUAGGUAAGCAAUUUUUGAGUAAUUAUAUCAAAAUUAACUUAUAUUAAAAUUAACUUCUGUUAAAUUAACGUUUAUUAAAAUUAACUUCUGUUAAAAUUAACUUUCAUUAAAGUUCACUUUCAUUAAAAUCGUAAAAUUUUUGUCUUAUUUUUCUUAUUUUUAUUAAAUCGUUCUUUUGAUUAUAAUGGUCGAUGUAAAUUGCCGGUUAACAUCGGGAAUUGGAAUUAUACAUUAUGCGGGAUGACGUUAGUCCAAGGUUAGGGAAAAGGGUGGUAGGCGUAUUUUACGUACGUAUUUUUUGUGCGUUACUUUACGUAUCGUUAACUUACUUAUUCGUACGUUUCGUUAUUCGAUUUGAUUAUCGAUUUAAUAUUUAUUAAUUUAACCUCAGUUAAUUAUGGAGCUGAGUUCAUUAAAUUUCGGAUUUUUCAUAAUACUUUUAUUGUAUUUAUUAACUUAUGUAUUGAUACAUUCUAGUAAUAUUCGUGUAUUAUUGAUUUAUGUACAAUUAUUAUUCAUCGCAGUAUUUGGGGUAUAUUAAUUUAUAAUACAUUUGUACUUUCUAAUAUUUGUUCAACAUCAUGAUUUCUCUAAUUAUAAGAUAUAAUUAGGUAGUUGAAUACAUAUAUAUUAUGAUAUUUUAUGAAGGUAUAUAGGUAAGUUACUCUACAUAAGGACAUAGGAUCAUUUACAACCGAUUAGCUGUUUAUAGUUUAUAAAUUAUAUAAGUAUAUUUAUAAUAUCUUAUAUCGUAUAGGUUAUAUAGUAUGCCCACGCGCACUAAGUCGCUGGGCUCCCAUUAUCGCAUGUAUGGCAGUAAUAGGUAAGCUACGGAAUAGACCCAAAGAGGUAUCGGUUAGCUUACUGUUAAGGUGUAUCGUAGGUACUUAAAUAUAUGCUAUAGGUAGGUUUACUAUAUAAAAAUACUUAAAUAAGGUUUAUUAUACACAUAUGUUUGAGUAGGUUUUGUCUAAGAUCUUUUAAAUUAUUGUAAAAUCAGUUCUUAAUUUCUUCGUCUUGCUUCCUUUAAUUUCCGAGGAGUUAGGAGUGGUUUAAAUGUGAAUGUAUUUUCGAUCUUGUACGAGCAGACAACGAAAGAUUUAUAUAUUUAAUUAUUAAAGAUAUAUAUGAUUUAUUUAUUUAGAGUCUUAUUAAUUUCAUUAAUUAACGGUUAAUUAAUUCAAGUUAAAAUAUGUUUCGUCGACAUUUUUUUUGUACUUUUUUAUAUUCGAUUUUUGUCGUGUCAUCUUUAAAAUUGUUGUAAAUUUUCCGUCACGUUGUUUUUAAAUUAUAAUUGUGUUUAUAUAUGUAUUUCUUUCUUAUUUAUAUAGAAUAAGUAGGAUAUAAGAUGUACAUUGCAAAGAAGUCUUUUCAACCCAUUUUUAUUAGUAUGUAAGAAAGUGACCCACUGAGAGUCCUAGGUAAGGAAUUAGAUGUUGAUAAUAGCAGUUAACAUAGGCAUUAUAAAAUAUAUUCUUUUAAAUAUUAAGAAGGCGUCAAUCAUGGUUAAUCGUUAAUAAGGUUAAUUAGGAUCUGAAUAUUUUAGGUAUAUUAAAAAUAGGUUCUUCUUUCAAAAGAUAAUUAGGCUAUAUUAGGAUUAUAAACUCUACUUUCAAAAGGCUUGAAAUUCGUAUAUUAUUUUCGAAAAAAAAAUCGUUAUAUAUUAUUUUUGCAUAAUAUUUAACAGUUGUUUUACAUAAUAAUAGUUUGGCAUUUGAAUAAUUAUGUACUAUAAUAUUUUUCAAGAUUCAGCACUCGUUAAAAUUAAACUUUUUCAUUACUUUCUACAAAUUGUAUUUGGCUAUGUCUGUUUCAAAUAAUAAAAAAAACUUAUCACAUAUUUUUAUAUUAUUCUUCUUAAAUUAAUAAUAAUAAAAUAAGGUGUGCACUAAACAAAAAAUAAAUAUCUAUUAUAAAAUUAACAUUAAUUAUGUAUUUAAAAAAAAACUAUUUUAAGAUACCAUUUUAUUUAGAGCCGAUUAUUAAUUUCUUUAAACAAAAAUAAACUUAUAAUUUAAACGAUAAAAUUUUAAAACAUUUAAAUUAAAUAAAUCUGUUUGAUCGAGAACUUGCAUGCAAGUGAGUCGAAACUGACAUAGUUACCUCACCGGUCCUAUUUCCACCAAGCGACAUUCUGAAAAAGUAUACCCAUUUACCAUCAGGCGUACAAAACUACAAUAACCGUAAUACAGGACAUUCAUGGUAAAAAAAAAAAAACACAAAAAGGCAACGGGUUGCUAUGCCAGUUUCCAGUUUGUUUUUGUGGUGGUAAAAUUGUACAUCGUUAUAUAUUAUACUUAAAUUGGAUAUUUAUUAUUUUAAUAUUGUUUUGGCCUAAAAGCUGUGUUAACAGCCUCACACCCAUUGGUGAAUAAAAGCGAUGUAUUUAAUUAUUUAAACAUUUAAAUCUAUUUUUAUACCUUUAAGGUAGAAUUCCGUGGAUAGCGGCUACGACAGUCGCGAGGUAGAAUUCCGUGGAUAGCGGCUACGACAGUCGCGCGCGGCUUACGACAGUCGUCGGCCGCGCGCGACAAUAGUCAACAUAUGAAAAUGUAUGGCGCCGCUGCCGAGGCCAGCGACAGUCGCGCGCGGCCGACGAAUUUCGUGAGCCGCGCGCGGCCGUACGCAUCUCAACAUGGUCUUGCGCUAUAGAAUCUUAGUAAAUCCAGAAUUGAAUUGUUUUCUAUUUAGUCGGUAAAACUUCCUUUCGGUUUCCAUUACAAUUCAAAUGCUUUUGAAUCAGUAUUGGGUAGUAUCCUUCAUCAUUUCUACUUUUAAAAAAUAGGGUCGAUUGGUAAUCUAUUUUCUUAAUACAGCCACAGCAAUACGUCAUCCUCUUCUUCUUCAAGGAUAUCAAUUAGCACUUCGACUAGAGGGAACGGACGAACAAAAUCUACUAAUUUCAAGACAAUGCCGCGCGCGGCUUACGAAAUUCGUCGGCCGCGCGCGACUGUCGCGGACCUCGGCAACGGUGCCAUACAUUUUCAUAGGUUGACUAUUGUCGCGCGCGGCCGACGACUGUCGUUAGCCGCGCGCGGCUGCGUAAGCCGCGACCCACGGAAUUCUGCCUUUAGGCUCUUUACUUACCUAUAUGUAAUUUUUAUAUAUAAGUAGGUUUAAAAAUGAUACAUUAAUUAAUGUAAUAUUAUGACUGUGUUUCGGAUGGCACGUUAAACUGUAGGUCCCGGCUGUCAGUGAACAUCUUGGGCAGUCGUUAGGGUAGUCAGAAGCCAGUAAAUCUGACAAUCAGUCUCACCAAGGGGUAUUUUGUUGCCCGGGUAACCGGGUUGAGGAGAUCACACAGGGCAGUCGUUCCUUGUAAAACACUGGUACUCAGCUACAUCCAGGUAGACUGGAAGCCGACCCCGACACAGUUGGGAAAAGGUUCCGAAGAUCAUGUUGAUGAUAUAUUAAUUAAUGUAUUAUUUCGUAGUUGAAAAUAUUACUUUGAUUUGAAAUCAGUCACUUAAAGUCAAAUUCAAUAAAUUUAAAAUUCAGGUAUUACUACAAAAAAGUGACACAGACGGUCGUCACGUGUUUAAGGGAAAUGAACCAUCAUUAUAAAACGCGGUUUUAAGAAGUACCGGCUUUAGUAACAGGUUUAGUCCACUAUCUUUCGGGACGGUGGUUUAUUCCUGGUACAAAAGCUGGUACUUUAUUAAAACCACAGUUUAUAAUGAGAUGGUAUUUGUUUUUCUUAAAAACAUGACAAGCGCCUGUUAAACAUCUGGGGCUUGAUUCUGCUAUUUUUUUUUUAAUUUGUCAAUUGGAUAAUCAAUUGGCAAUGGAAAAAAUAGCAGUUUUAACCUUAGCGGGCAUUCUCCCAGUAAUGUAGACCAAUCGCAUUCCAAUAACAUUUCAUUAGUUUGAAAGAAAGGAAGAAAGCAAAUACAUUCACCGGUGUGACACAUAGAUAUACAAUUAAA